UUCCCUUCCGGAGUAUUCUUUGUACCCCCUCUCCCGGCGCGUCCGCUUCCGGCUCUGUCCGGGGGACCCGUUUGUGGCGCUGCUGCCGAGGGGAGCGCGAGGCUCAUGGAGCCGCGGCUGUGAGGCGCCCCCGGCCCGGGCCCACUGUGGGAGCCGGGCGGAGGCCGGAGCCGGGAGCCGCCGGAGCCGGAGGAGAUGGACAAACUGACCAUCAUCUCAGGAUGCCUCUUCCUGGCCGCCGACAUCUUCGCCAUCGCCAGCCUGGCGAACCCGGACUGGAUCAACACCGGCGAAACAGCUGGUGCUCUCACAGUUGGCCUUGUGCGACAGUGUCAAACCAUCCAUGGACGUGACAGGACCUGUAUUCCUCCACGGCUGCCUCCUGAGUGGGUCACUACGUUAUUUUUCAUCGUUAUGGGAAUCAUUUCACUAACUGUCACAUGUGGUUUGCUGGUGGCUUCCCACUGGCGAAGAGAAGCUACUAAAUAUGCCCGCUGGAUAGCUUUCACUGGAAUGAUUCUACUCUGUAUUGCAGCCCUAAUAUUUCCAAUAGGAUUUUACAUCAGUGAAAUUGGAGGUCAACCAUAUAAGUUACCCAACAACACAGUGGUUGGAUCUUCAUAUGUACUGUUUGUCUUAUCCAUUUUCUUUACAAUAGUUGGACUUUUAUUUGCUGGCAAAGUUUGUUUACCUGGCUGAUGAAUGUCUGAACUGCGGGACUUUAUUUUGGAAAAGAGCAGGACAGCAGAAUAUCAUUCUCAGGAGGAUGCCUGAAUCAGACUGUCAAACACAUACUGAAAAGAGGAAUGCUUUGACUUGUUCUCACUAUGCACUUUGGAUGAAAAAAAGGAGAGCCUUUCCCAUAACCAAAUACAGACAACGCUGACUGAUCUCCUGAGCAUAUUUUAAUGCAGUCAGGUCUGCACUGUGAUAGGAACUAGUGAAGAAUGCUUUACACUGAGAAGCAUAAUGCCCCGUGUUACUGUACUGUUCCUGUUUUUAACAUCUCACAAUUUGGAAGUCAAAAUAUUUAUGAACUUUGUGGCAGACCAGAGGGUUGCAGAGGAAUUCAAGUGAGGCUGGCCUCACUGUUUAGGAGAUUAGUAUUUUACAUCUUCUUUCUAAUGAGCAAGGCCUUUGGCAUCAAUGUGGAUCAAUCUUGCAUUACUGCACCAAGAAGCCAAUAGAUGAAAAACAUGUUCUCUAAAUGUAUGUAAGAGCAAGAAGACAUACAUCCCCUGCUCCCCCAUAAGCUCUAGAAAAACACUAAGGAACAUUUUAGAGGGGGAUUUCUUCCUUAUAUUUAUAUAAAUAUAUAUAAAUAUAUAUAUAUUUUGCUGAUGCAGUAUACAGUGUGUGUGUGUACGUGUGUGUAUAUACACAUAUAUGUAAUAUGUGUAUAUAUACACAAAUGGUUCCUGGAAAAGAACUCAGAACGCUUUGCUAGCAGAACACUGUGGUGUGCAAAACUAGGACUCAAUAGAAAAAAGCCAUUUCUCUGAAGGCCACAUAGCUGAGAGUCUUCAGUUUACCUCAUUCUUUGUAGCAGCCCUUGAUUUUAACAGUUUUUGUAAUAGGUACAAAUGAUCCCAUGCCUUUUUAGGUGCAAUUUUAAGUUAAGCUAAAAUUCUUUUUAUGGUAAUUUAUUUGUAUAUGAGGGUAGAAGGUGAGAUCAUGUCAUACCUUAAAGUUAAAAUCCUAAUUUUGGGAAACUGACACUAUUUAAAUUAUUAGCAACUGUUGUACAGAGAGUCUCUUUUUCUACUGCAUUGUCACAUCAGCAUUCAUACAUGUUCAAGCACAGCAUUUUACCACAGGUAAGCAUUUCUCUAGCAUGUGUAAAAUGCAGUGCUCAAAGUAAUGCAAACACUAUUCCACUGAAAGAUGAAUGAACUUACUGUCACUUAAGUAUUAAAAUGAGCAAUAUAAUUGCUUAAAUAAUAUAUGCCUUGUUUACUGAAGUUAUUUUAAAUGUGGAUUUAAGGGCCACCCAAAUUUGGAGUAAAUAUUCAUCACUAAAGGUAGUUAUACUUUUCAGCACAAAGAUAAACCUUGGAAUCCAUAGAUGUCAUAAUUCACUACUCCAUCUAACUUUGCAGGAAGUACAAUUUAGUGUCCCAGGAAAGCUGCCCUAUUAGUAUUGUCAGUAUUUUCCAGUUAAUACAUGGUUUACCUAAGAUUCAUUAUGAAAACAAUAAAACUCUGUAUUUCAAGUGCUGUUUAACUGUGUUACUGAAUAGACAUUUUCCUAACAUGUUAGUGAAAGUGUAUGAUUGUUAAAAUAUUCCAAAGUAAUCACUUGUCUGAUAAGCUUAAGUGUUUGAAAAUAAGAGAAUUCACACAAUUCUUUUAAACAGUGUGCUAUUCACACCCUAGUGGGUCCCUGUCCUCCUCCUCCAUCUUUUCCCUCUCUCCCUCCCAAAGGUUAUUUGCUGAAUUAAGUAUUUUUUUUCUUUUGACCUUUUUUUAACAAGCUUGUCACUGGAAUAGUCUAUAAGCACCUUCUUUCCAGUCAGCUCACUCACAGGUGGAAGGGUGUUUACGGAUCACUAAAUUUUUCUAACAUGUAUUAAUCUGUAAAUAUAGCCAAGCACCAACUUGGAAGUAAUGGUUUAAAUAUGAUUUGGUUCCUAAUUUAAGCCUUCAUCUGCAUGAGCUGCCUGAAGUCCCCAAUGAUGUUGAUGGAGACAGAAUACAGGGUUCAGCUGCUGCAUGUGUGUCUAAAUUCCUGGUGUUACCACUGCUGUAUCCUAAGCUGAAGUAUUCACUAAAACUUAAAUCAGAAAUUACGAUUUUUGGGAAAAAAACCCAAAACACCUCUGUCAGAAAUGUCACUCUUGUAAAUAGUUUUAGGAGAUUUUUGUAACUGGAACACGGGGAGAGGAGAGUUUCUCACAUGCUAAGAUUCUCCCCCCUCCCCAGCUUUAUAUUUCAGUUAUAGUAACAUCAUGUAUACAGUGGAUUUAGGCUUAGAGUAAGUGGAUCAUCAUUUCAUUAAAAAAUGUGAACACUUAUCUUGGAGCAUACCCAGACUGUGGCUGGGUGACUGGAAAUAUAUCUGAUCUGCCAAUGCUACUGUUAUGAAUUAUUAAAUGAUAGCAGAGAUUUAACAAGUAAAUCAGUGAAAUAAAUAUUUCACCAGGAGCAUCUUAAAUCUAGAAACAGAUAUAGCCACCUGCAUUAAAAAAACCCCAAACACCUCCACAACCAUUAUGUGAAGAGACAGCUGUCAACAGUUGCUUUUAAUGAGGUCACUAAGUACUAUAUAGUACAGUAUUAAUUUAUAGCAGAAAAAAGUCGUAUCUUGUAAACUGUAUAUAAAACACUGUUUUAUGGUGCAAUCAUUUGUCAAACCUAUGUCUGUUACUUUUGUUUUAAAGCUGUGUGCAUUUUUUCAUACGUAAGAGCAUCACUGUAAAAUCUGCUGAGGACUGUUUAUAGGUUUUAUUUGCACAAGGUUUUGUUUUAAACUACAGGAGGUUCGUAUUGAACAUGCCUAAACUUCUGUAGACUUUCAGUUCAUGAAAAGCAAAUGUUUCCAUGUGAAUCUUCUCCAAAGGUAAUCCCAUAUUUGUGUUGAGUGUUUACAUAAACUUUUCUAAUUCUGCCAUUAUUUUUCACUUUUAAAGGACAGCUCAUUUCAUAUGUCACUAGAAAGUCUUAAAUCUUUUGCUUCAAAGUUCCCCCAAAGGUUUAAUGUCCCAACAUAAUGUAAUUUAUGCACACUCUGUGAUGUGUUUAGCUAACAACAUGUAAGAUUGGAAACUCGAAAUACCUUCUGAAGUAAAAUGUAACUGAUUUGUCUAUAUAGAUCUUAUCAUUGAGCUAAGCUGAAAUCAUCGCUUGGAAGCUGUUUGUCUCAGACUUGGGGAGGGUGUGCUUCCCUGAAGGCACCAGUCUAACCGUUUGACACCAUUUUAUGUUGUUAAUCUUGCUGGUGAGAGAUAGCAGUUUUCCAAAGACGCUGGUAGCAUGCAACACCACUGUGCCCCAUCCUCUGGCUAAGCCGCCGGACUAGGGCCCUCCUGUCAGCCCUGUGUUUCAGAGCUGUUGUUUAACCACUUCAGAACACAACCGUAGAUGACUGUUUUCCCCGACACACAAGAAAUGAAAGCUGUCCUUUAAAACCUUUGUGAAGGAUGAAAAUAAUGAAGGAAAUGGUGUCUGCAAGCGGGUUGUCCUGCCUGGGCGUCACGUCGCUCCCCGCCCGAGGCCUGACGGUCUGCAUCCCCCGCCCCGGCCUUUACUGAGGAUUGUUUUCUAAUUGGUUAGAGCAUUUUUCAAUUACUGAUUUCCGAACAAAUGUUAAUACAAACUGUAUAAAAUGAACAUAAUUUUCUUCACUUGUAUUUUUGUUA